AUGGAUGACAAACUUGUUGACUUCGAGAUGGAUGACAAGGAACCUAUUGCGACUGUGCUGCUUACAUAUGCUGUGCUACAGAACACAACCAAUGAUCAUCCUCCUACCUCUAUGUCCCAGGCCACCAGCAACGCCAUGAAGGAACAGCCUUCACAUACCACAAAUGGCUGGUUUGUCUACACUCCUGCAGAUGGCUCCUCCAUUAAUGCUGCCAUCAAUCCUCGACCUGCAAAUCCUGCAUCAUCUGUGCCAGCUUCCUCCUCAGUACCUCUGCCUCCACCUCCACCACCUCUGCUGCCCUUACCAUCUUCCAGCUCAACAUUCCCAACAAUCUCAUCCUGA